GCCAUUUUGGAUGUUUACACUGAAUGUGGUUCAAGUUUUAAAAACUUUUGACGAACUUUAAAUUAUCGGUGCCAAAAAGACAUACAGUGGGGACUAUUACCCGGCUAUUAUACCCGUGAGGGGAGUCCAGCCGUAUACAAAGAUAGAUAGAAUAGGGACAGAAAAACUUGUCACCCAGCCUGUGAGCCUGAUGACUCUGACUUUUGAACAGUAAAUGAGAUGUACCCAGUGUUUGCAGGAAAUGUCCUUCUCAAGCAGCGAUUCUAGAAGUCAUGAUAAAACAGGAAAACAAGGCGCAAAAACUGAUCAAAAUUGGAAGUAUACAAUGUACUUUGACCCAGAGGCAGACAGGAGAACUGGUGCAGAUUACGAAAUUGAAGACGAGCAAUUGGUUGAAAAGAUGUCGCAGCUGGUAGAUGCAGCUGAAAUGAUACAAAGUGUGCAAGCGUACAAAGGUCCUCUUGGCUGGUUUCAGCUAACCAAGGCUGUAUUUUACCAUGAAUUCAUAGUUUUUACAACUAAAAACUAUUACUGGUCAAUCGAGAAGCAUUCCGAUUGUAUAACAAUUCAAAGAGCGAAACUGAGAUGUAAUGUAGAACAGCGGUUUAGACAUAAUCCUAGGUUUGAGGGGUUUUCCGGGAUAACACUUAUGAAAUCUGCUGCGGGUACAAAGAGUAUAAAACAAUUGAUAGAUUGGUUGUAUAUAAAUCGUGAGCUUUACAAACAUUAUACUUUCUUCGAAUGGAAUUGUCAAUGCUUUGCAGAGCGAGUAUAUAAUUAUGUGACUUGAAUAAGUAAUGACAAGCUGAGACAAAAUAAAAUCAAUCAUGAAAAUUGUAAAUAAUUA